AUGAUUCAUACUGGAGAAAAAAAAUUUAAAUGUGAUGUUUGUGAAAAAUUAUUUACUCGAUUGUCUACUUUAAAGCAACACAAGUUGAUGAUUCAUACUAGAGAAAAAACAUUUAAAUGUAAUUUUUGUCAAAAAUUAUGUAGACUGAAAUCACAUUUGUUGGCACACAUAAAGGUUCAUACUUGUGAUAAACCAUACAAAUGUGAUAUCUGUGAAGUUUCAUUUAAUCAAUUAACCAGUUUAAAGAGGCACAAUUUGAUUCAUACAGGAGAGAAAUUGUUUAAAUGUGAUGUUUGUGAAAGAUCAUUUGCUCAUUUAUUCAAUUUAAAACAGCACAAGUUGAUUCAUUCUGGUAUAAAACCAUUUAAAUGUGAUUUAUGUAAAAAAACAUUUAGACAAAAAGUUUCUUUGGUUUUACAUAUAAAAAAACAUAUGGAAUAG